GAUGUCCGCGCCAAACACAGAAGGGGAUACGGGUUACGAGGAAUACGAUGAUGAAAACUAUGAAUCUUUCGACUAUAGCGAUCCAGGUUUAGGCCUGGAACCGGAAUUUGACGCCCAUUUCACAAAUUUGUCCUACGUUGUUGGGGAGACUGCAAUUCUUCCUUGUAGAGUGAAAAAUAGGGGAAACUAUCAAGUUUCCUGGUCGUCACCGGACCAAGUAUUUUUAACAGUUGAAGACCGUAGAACAGUAGACGAUAGCCGUUUCGACAUAUUAAGGAGCGUUGAAGAAGAAUGGAAUUUGCAACUCCGUACGGUUCUUUGGGAAGAUAGAGGAACUUACAAAUGCAUUGUAAACUACCAUCAACCCAAGAGCAAAUUAGUCAAUUUGAGUGUUCGUGUUCCCGCCACGAUCAUCGACGAAUUGUCGAGCGGCGACGCCACUGUAGAGGAAGGAGCGACUGUCAUCCUAAACUGCAACGUAACUGGAGUACCUUAUCCAACAGUGUCGUGGUACAGGAGACGCUUCGACUCUAAAUCGGAAGAUGAACGAGAAAGAAUAGUGAACAGCACAGGAGAAGCUCUUAUUAUCCCUAAUGUAACACGGUAUUGCGAUGAUAUCUACGAGUGUGUUGCGGAUAAUGGUGUGUCGGCAGUUAGUCGCCAAAUGCGAGUUACUGUCGAAUUCGAACCCGAAAUUACCUUACCAGCCAGCCGAUUCGGGCAAAUUGCGGGCAAGACUACAAUGUUAGAAUGCCGGAUAACGGCACGGCCACAAGGAGAGACGGUAUGGAGGAAAAAUGGCAAAAUAGUAAAUCAAAAAACUGAUAAGCGUUACCAAUUGCAUGCUUACGAGUAUGAGCAAGCGCCCCAUACAAUAAGUGUCUUUUUGACUAUUAAAAAUGUCAAGAAAUCAGACUCUGGGGUAUACGAAUGCUUCUCAACGAAUCCUCUUGGUAAUGAUUCGGAAAAAAUGGUUUUCACGGGUAAAUUCUAUGCUCUAUUAUUAUUAUAA